AAUAGUUUCACACUCUGUAGAGCAUAUCAGUAGCACUUCUUGAGCCACACCGCAGUGAUGGCAUUUAAGUCAUAAAAACUUAUCAAUAAUUAUAGCGGACACUAAGCAACUACUUCGCAACUUUUUACAUCCAAUACAGCCUAUCACAAGGACACGUAUAAGGAUACACGCAGAAGGACACAAAGAGUGAAUGUUCAUCCGUUUUCCAUGUGCAUUUCCAAAGAGUUAAAGCAGGCCCACCAAAGACACACACAACCAUGCUAAGCCACUCCUUUUGGCUGAUGACAUCGCUUUUCAUCCUUUCGUGUACCUUCCGUAAUGUGACAGCGCGUACAGCCACCGGAUCGACGGCUCAACAGCUAGCCGCGGGUCAGACUAAAGGCGAAGACAACACGAGCCCGCCAGCCAGCUCCGGUGCCAGUAACUCCCUUGCAUUCUGGGGUGACCUCUCACAAGCAUACAGAAUAUAUAAGCAAUGCGCGCAGGAUAACAUUUCCGUGUGUCUGCAGGUGAAGCUACUGACGGGGUUGCAGCGUGUGCUUCGCACCGCAAAGGUUCUCAAAAUAAUAGACGGCGUGCAAUUUGUCAGAAGCUAUGAUGAUGGUGGAGCCAACGGAAACGCAGUGAAUUCAGCGAGUUUCACAAAUGAAAAGGAGUUGGAAGCGGUGUUGCCACGUGGUACUGCUUCUAAGGAGCAGGCUUUGCACAAUAUGAUUUCUAAAGAAUUUUCAAAUAUGCUGCAGAAUUUCACCUUGCAGGUGAAAUUGCCAAAUAUGCAUGAGUCGAUAGAAGACAACAAUGAUAUUGAAACGGAAAGUCGGAAGAAAAAAGAUAAAAAAGGAGGCGGCGGAGCUUAUAUAAUGAUUCCACUGCUACUCGGCGGCACAUUCAUACCGAUCGCCUACGGAGCUCUGGCCAUGCUGGCAGGCAAAGCCUUAAUAGUUUCUAAGUUGGCACUGGUCCUCGCUUCGAUAAUUGGCAUUAAGAAGUUACUCAGCAGUAAUAACAAGGAAUCGCAUGAAGUUGUCGUCUCCUCCGGUGGCCAUUCCGGUUGGGGGCGAGACAUGGACCUGGCAUACAGUGGCUGGAAACCGGGCAAGGAGCAUACAAAGACAAUGUAGAGUAGUUAGUGAAAUGAAUGGUGGGCAUUCAAUAAGCGAAUGCAGUGACAGCUGGACCAAAGAUGUUGACGACGAAAACUAGUUAAAUAUUUUAUUUAUUUUCGUACUUAAUUAUUUUAAAUCCAGAACUAUGACGGUAAAAUAUGUGUGUUAAGUUUUCGCCUUUAGCUAUUUAGUUUAAAUACUAUUUAUAUAAGUUCAUAUUGAAAAUAAAAACAUAAGUUGUUUCAAAAAGUCCAUUAUUCAUUGU